AUGGCUCUUGCUGAUUUUGCUUUAAAGAAUAUUUGGGGUGGACUUUCGAGUGAUUUUAGAUCCAAGAACUUUUCACUUUAUGGACAAUGGAUUAGUAUACUUACAGUUUUUGUAUGUUUAGCAUUGGGUAUUGCUAACUUGUUCCAUACUUCCUUGGUUUUUAUAUUUUCAAUUAUAUGUAUUGUUCAAGGUUUGAUUGUAUUAUUUGUUGAAAUUCCAGUGUUUUUAAAGAUUUGUCCAUUAAGUGAGAACUUCAUCGCAUUUGUUAAGAAAUUUGAUGGUAAUUUACCUCAUUGUGGUUUCUAUUUGUUGAAUGCUGUUAUUCAAUACUUAUCUACUGUUGUUCAAGCCACUAGUUUGUUGGUUGUUGCAAUUUUAUUCACCUUUUCAAGUGCUUGUUAUGCCUUUGCUGAACUUAAACAUCAAGAAUAUGUUACCACUUCCCUUGACCCACUUGGAAACAAACAAACCAAUGAUUUGGAAGCACAAGGUACUGAUAAUGCUGUCAGAAAUGUCUUGUAG